CCUGGUGCACUCUGUAUCAGAAGUUCCUGUAGAAUACACUGGUGCAGCCUCGCUAUACCCCUCACGUCUCACUGCUGUCACACGCAGAACGAUCAGGGGGGCAGUGGAAGCACAGCCCAGACCUUCCACCCGUCAUAGCCGCCUCAAACUGCCUGCAGUCUGACACCGUUCCGGAUGAGCAGAGAGCGGCUUGGCGCAAAGAGCUCUGGACAGGUGAUCCGCGGUUCAGAGCCCUCAUAGAAGAACAUCAUACGAGCAGAAACACAGCGAUAAUCAGAAGGAAAAAAAACGUAGAAGCAGAAUAGCCACGGACUCAUCAGACAAUACCACUGCUCAGUUUUUAUUGCUCAUCUCCUGUGUUGUUUGUUUUUUCUCCCUAAAGCCUGCCUGUGUGAGCAGGUAUAGGGUAUCCACAGCCUCCUGUGAGCGCAGCACUUUCUGGAGAGGGAUGAACGUGUCCAAUUCUUCGGUAACAAGCCCAAAUCUGACAUCAAUCGGUGAAAACAACAGCGUGGUCCCAAGCGCCGUGCUGUUCGCCAUGGGGGUGGCGGGCAACGUCAUCGCCUUGUGCAUCUUAUACCUGCACAAACACAAUAGCAACCGCGUCUCCGUCUUCUACGUGCUGGUCACCGGCUUAGUCUGGACCGACUUGCUGGGGAAGCUGGUGAUCAGCCCCAUGGUCCUGGUCUGUUACAGUACAAGGCAGCCCGUGGGUGAAGGCAUGCAGUGCAACGCGUUCGGCGCGCUCAUGGUUUUCUUCGGCUUGUGUUCAAUGUUCAUCCUGCUUGCAAUGGCUGUGGAGUGCUGGCUCUCCAUCGGGCACCCCUAUUUUUACCAGCGGCAUGUGACCCGCAGGAAGGCGCUUCUGAUGUUCCCGUUCAUCUACCUGUUUUGCCUGCUGUUCUGCGUCUUGCCGCUGAUCCUAUGGAGUGAGUUCGGCAGGUACAAAUCCUAUUUCCCGCGUACCUGGUGCUACAUCGACAUGAACCGGCCGCAUCACGUGUACUCGGUGCUGUUCGGAACACUGACGGGGCUGCUCAUCCUCUUGAUCGUGGCGUUCAACCUCUCGGUGAUGAUCAGCCUCCUGAAAAUGUAUAAACUGUCCAGCAAACAGAAAAUACGGCGCGGCUCUUUCGAGAGAGCCGAGAACCAGGGUGCCCACAACGGCCACGCCGAGGAGAUAGACCACCUUGUCCUGCUGGCGCUCAUGACCUUCAUCUUUAUAAUCUGCUCAGUCCCCGUCACUGUGCGCACAUACAUUGGAGCAUUCUCCCAAGCAAGCGAGGACAAUGAAGCCAAGGACCUGAUGGCACUGCGGUUCCUCUCGGUGAACUCCAUCGUGGAUCCCUGGGUCUUCAUCAUCUUCCGCACCUCGCUCUUCCGGACAAUGGUUCACAAGCUGUACGACAAGCUUUGCCACACCAGGGCCAGGCACAGCAUGCAGCAGGAAACUCCGGACAAGGCAGUGCAGCAACAGGACCUGGCUGCCUAGCGCAGCAUCUGGGAAACUCAGAGGGUUUAUUGAAAUGACAUAACUGGGAACGAGAGCUGUGGUUUUCAAUGGUGCCCUGACUGGACGUUGUGACAUCCAUUGCAGGACCGCCAUGCCUCUCACACCAGAGUCACCUUCUUCCUGACGAGUGACUUGUAUGCGGAUCACAGCUAUCUUCUGAAGGUGUUGUUCUUAUUCUAGAGCUGACUUGCUGUUUCAUCUGUGGAACCACUCGGAGAGCAGGUGUGCGGUACUGUAGACAAUGAAGAUACAAACACAGCACUACUGUAUUAGACUUUGAGGCUUGGUCACUAUGAAUCUCUUUAUAUGGCUGAAGUUUAAUCAUAAACCUCAAUAACAUGGCUGUCAUUGUUAGAAAACAUGUCUGUAUUGGGCUGCUUCAGUACAACAAAGCUAAUGCUGAACUUAGAUUCAGAACACUAAUGGCACCAUUCUGAAGGCACAUUUCAGAGAGGUACUCUAAGUAUAUAAGGGUACCUAGUUUUGUAAGAAAACUUUGGUGCAUAUUUGUAAAGCGUUUCUUCAAGUCUUUAAGCUGUAACACUUUAUAACCCAUUUGCCUUCAUUACCCAUUUAUUAAUUCAGUGCAUGUCAGCAAACGGCCAGCAGAUCAGCAAUAAGGGUGCUAAGUGUUUAUUAAGACUUGCAUUGGCAGUUUCCAGUUCCAGCAGAUAUCUGCUGUAAUCUGUGUAAAACGUGCUAUUAAGCUCUUUAAUAAUACUGAUGUUGUUAACUUCAAUAAAAGAGUAAUAGAGGCAAAUGAAAUUACUGGGGUUAACCCUCUGUGUGCUCUGGUAACAGUGGUUCCAUCAAGGACCAGGCAGGAGAGUCUUUCCAUGAGCUGAUUAGGGGAACGGCCACUGAAGAGUGCUGAGCUCCACUAAAACCCCACACCUGACAGGAGAAAGCACUAGGGAAGCAAUUGGAAGUCUUGAACUUAAAAUAGAUUUAAAGUAAACCCAGCACUUUAUCUAACCACUGAGCUCCUCAAACCCACUGCUUCCAACACUGCA